GCCUGCUCAUCUGGUUGAUCUCACAGCUGAGAUGAUAUUCACAUGCAUUUUCUUCUCUUGGAUCUGGGCGAUGGCAGCAGGCUCAGUGCAGGUAGUUCAUAGGAAGGUCCAAUCGUCCAAGACCGGAGAAAAUGUUACUUUCCAAUGCCAGCUUGUCAUGGAUCAUGAAGUGCUGCAAGUCACCUGGCAGAAGGAGAGUGGAGAGGGCAAAGGCAACAUAGCAACCUACAGCAGGAUUAACGGCCACAGAAUCCUGGGUAACUAUAGCAGCCGUGUGAACUUCACCCAGAGCGAACUGACAGUCUCUGCCAUUACUGUUCAUGCAGUCACCCUGCAGGAUGAAGGCUGUUAUAAAUGUAUCUUCAACACGUUUCCCAUGGGAUCCAUCACAGGCAGGACAUGCCUCAAGGUUUACGCAAUAUCGGAGCCCAGACUGGAGGCCAAGCUUGUGUCCAGUCCGGACAGUGGUGAGGAGAAGGUGCUGGAAAUAAGCUGCUCAGUAACAGGGAAACCAGCUCCAAUGAUCAGCUGGAACCUGUCCCAUCGCCUUCAGCAGGAGCCGGGACAGUAUCUCAUCAAUCACUCAGACCAGACUGUGACUGUUAUCAGCAAUUUCACACAUGUCCCCUCCAGGAUUCACUGGGAGAACCCAGCUGGCUGUGUGAUCCAACAUCCGCUCCUAAACCUGACGCUGACUCUGUCCAAGGAUGGGCAGGUCCAGGGCCAAUCAGCAACAGUUGACACUGUAACAAUCUACGUAUUGGUUGCUUUGAUUCCCUUGGGGCUCUUGUUCAUCUGCUUCUGCAUCUUGAAGCGACAACACCAAAUGGAUAGAAACAAAGCUGAUCUAUGUUGGGUUCUUCCCUUAUGCACCAAGGACAUGAGGCAUGGACAGUGCACAAAAAAUGAUAAACAAGGCCCUGACAAGCUUCCUCCCUUAAAAGCCCUCUUGGACAGAUGAACGCCUGGUGUUGGAAGAAUUUUACCGAACAGUGGUGAAAUGAAAACAGUGCUGGGUUUGGAUGUGUGAAACUGAUGUCUAGCUGUACUUGUAACAUCUCAGACUUCCACAUGAAUCACAUUACGUGCAACUUGCCAUGUUUUAUACGGAAAAAAAAAAAAAAAACCCCACAAAAUAUUUUUAUAUCUAUUUAUGUUUGAAUAAAUGAGCCAAUAAGUGUAGUUGUAUAUAGAAUGCAGUAGGUAUUUAUAUGAGACUGUUAAAUUAUAGUUUUG